UCCUCCCCCCCCCCAAUCCAGACCCCCCGAUUCCGCCUCUGGGGCUGGGAGCCUCCGCGUCUCCGUCUCUGGUCUCUCUGGGGCGCUUGUGGGGCGGCGUCCAUGGGCUCCGCUGGGCUCCUCCUGGUGCUGCUGCUGCUGGCGGGGGCUCUGGCCCGGAUCCCCGGAAGCGAAGGGGGGAAGGAGACCCCCGCCCAUUUCCUGCUCCAGCGGAAGAGCGAGUGCCAUUUCUUCAACGGGACGCGGCAGGUUCGACUCCUGGAGCGGCACUUCUACGACCGGCAGGAGAUCGACUACUACGACAGCGACCUCGGGAAAUUCGUGGCCGUCACUCCGUUGGCGCAGCCCGAUGUGGACCAGUGGAACAGCGAUAAGCGCAUCCUGCAGUACCUGAAGGCCGCCGUGGAUCGCUUUUGCCGAUACAACUCCAAGCCCACUGUUUCCAUCUCCCCCACCAAGCUGGAUCCCACUUCCCCUAACACCAUCCUCCUCUGCAUCGCGAGAGGCUUCUACCCCGUGGAGAUCGAGGUCCAGUGGCUGAAGAAUGGGCGGCUGGAGGAGGAGGGAGUGGCCUUUGGGGAGGAGCUCCAGAAUGGAGACUGGACCUACCAGCUCCAGGUGAUGCUGGAGACCCAGCCCCAGCGGGGAGACGUCUACACAUGCCAGGUGGGGCACGCCAGCCUGGAGGCCCCCAUCACCGUCCAGUGGGAGCCCCGAUCCUCCAACUCAGCCAGGAGCAAACUCUGGACGGGGAUCGUGGCAGCCGUGAUCGGGGUGAUCUUCUUUGCCAUGGGGCUCUCCCUCUACCUGAAGAGCAAGAAAGCAAUUCCCAUCCAGCCUCCUGCAGCACUCAUGAAUUAAUCCUGCCAUCCUUCCUGCUUCCUUGUGGGAAAGGAAGGGGCUUUUUUCCAUUAGCUGAUGAAUUUCUGUCUCUCUUUUGCAACCUCUGAAAAAUGGAGGGUCAAGAUUUUAGAUUGGGGGGAGGAGGAGAAUGGCAGCCUGGAGCUUUUCCUGCUGAGACCCCACUGGCUUUCCUUUGAAGGCCUCUUUCUUGUGAGGGAGCGGUGGAGACCAUCUAGACUGACCCCAGGGACUCUGGACCUGCCUGUCAGUCCAGACACCCAAAUCUCUCCUGGCUUUAAAUCCACAGCAGCUUCAUCUUCAUUACUCUUCAUCCGAAUCCCUUCCCUUCGCUUUGCUGUAAAAGAAUAAACAUUGUAGGAAAAA